AUGAGUCACGUCCUGGGCCUGGAGUUGAGGAGGGAAGCGCCGCCUCUCCUAGGGCCCCUUCUCUCCCCCUUUCCUCCCGCUGGUUCCUGGCGCAGCCAGAUGCUGCGCAGCGAUCACCGAUUCCCCAUCAUCAAUUCGACUGGGGCGCCCCGCAAGGCCGCAGGCAAGAUGAACAUUCUGGCGCCGGUGCGGAGGGACCGCGUCCUGACGGAGCUGCCCCAGUACCUGAGGAAGGAGGCCGCUUUGCACGUGCACAAAGACUUCCACCCCCGCGUCACCUGCGCCUGCCAGGAGCACCGGACAGGCACCGUGGGAUUUAAGAUCUCCAAGGUCAUUGUGGUGGGGGACCUGUCAGUGGGGAAGACUUGUCUCAUUAAUAGGUUCUGCAAAGACACCUUUGACAAGAACUACAAGGCCACCAUCGGAGUGGACUUUGAGAUGGAACGAUUUGAGGUGUUGGGCGUCCCCUUCAGUCUGCAGCUCUGGGACACCGCUGGACAGGAGAGGUUCAAAUGCAUUGCAUCGACCUACUACCGAGGAGCUCAAGCCAUCAUCAUCGUUUUCAACCUGAAUGAUGUGGCCUCCCUGGAACAUACCAAGCAGUGGCUAGCUGAUGCACUCAAGGAGAAUGACCCUUCCAGUGUGCUUCUCUUCCUCGUGGGUUCCAAGAAGGACCUGAGUACUCCUGCUCAGUAUAUGCUAAUGGAGAAAGAUGCACUCAAGGUGGCCCAAGAGAUGAAGGCCGAGUACUGGGCAGUCUCAUCUCUCACUGGUGAAAACGUCCGGGAAUUCUUCUUUCGUGUGACGGCACUGACCUUUGAGGCCAACGUGCUGGCUGAACUGGAGAAAUCGGGGUCCCGGCGUAUUGGGGAUGUUAUCCGCAUCAACAGUGAUGACAGCAACCUCUACCUAACUGCCAGCAAGAAGAAGCCCAUGUGUUGCCCAUGACGGGUGAGGGUACUGUCCAGAGACUGCCCAGCCCUGGGGCAGUGUGCCACCUUUACUCCCCCAGAGCUCAACCCCUGGACAUUUGCACUGACUGUUUUUCCAGACCAAAGAGCUGCCCCUUGGUGGCCGUAUCCCCAGAGGUGUAGCUGGGACCAGGCUAGUCACUUCCUGCUCCCAGGCACUGUGCCAAAAACUGGAUGCCCCUCUCCUCCAGGGUCCUCCAGGUUGCCCAGUGGUAGGGAGGUGGGUGGGCCCUGCUGCUCUUACUCAGCCUGCUGGGCCCUCUGGGUUUGAGGAUGCUUAAUGGUCCCAGCCUCACACUAUGCCUUAUGCAUUAAAAUAUCUGUUAUUAGCA